GACACGUGCCGUCACUUUUCCAUCGCAGAGAUAAGAGCUGCCACCAACAACUUCGACGACCGUUUAAUAAUCGGCAAAGGAGGGUUCGGGAACGUCUACAAAGGACACAUUGACACGUGUCGUAAACCCGUCGCCAUCAAGCGCCUCAAACAAGGUUCAGACCAAGGUGCACACGAGUUCCAAACCGAGAUCAGCAUGCUCUCGCGGUUCCGCCACCCUCACUUGGUCUCUCUCAUCGGUUACUGCAACGACGAUGUCGAAAUGAUCCUCGUCUACGACUUCAUGGCGCGUGGGACCCUCCGCGACCACCUCUACGGCUCAGACCACGCGCUCUCGUGGGACCAGAGGUUGCAGAUCUGCCUAGAGGCGGCGCGUGGUAUUCACUUCCUCCACGGCGGCGUGGACAAGCGGAGCGUGAUCCACCGGGACGUGAAGAGCAGCAACAUUUUGUUGGACGAGAAUUGGGUGGCGAAGGUGUCGGAUUUCGGGUUGUCCAAGGUUGGGCCCAAUGGGUCCCAUGUGACAACGGACGUGAAGGGUAGUUUCGGGUAUUUGGAUCCGGAGUACUACAUGAGUCUUUGGUUGACUCAAAAAUCUGACGUGUACUCGUUCGGGGUGGUUUUGUUGGAGGUAUUGUGUGGGAGGCCACCCAUGAACAGUAGGGCGGAGAAGCAGCAAGAUUUCUUGGUGACGUGGGUGAAGAAGUGUUAUGAUGAUGCGAAUGUUGAUCAGACGGUGGAUCCUGCUUUGAGGGGAAGCAUAAGGCCCAAGUGUUUGAAGCAGUUUGUGGAGAUUGCGUUGAGGUGUUUGCAUGAUCAAGGGAAGCAACGGCCUCUCAUGAGGGAUGUGGUGAAGGGGUUGGAGUAUGCUUGGAGUCUGCAACGAUGUGCGACCCAAACUGGUGCAAUGGGGAACAUUGGAGAGGUAGCAAUGGGUUUCACUCGUGAAGAAGAGUUUGAUGAGAAAUUUGGGAGAGUGCGUGAUGAGUGUAGUAGCAGCAUGGCUACAACAACAUGCACCGAGGAGGAGCAAGCUUUGGUGCAUGGGAAUGGGAUGUUCCCUCAGCUUCCAAAUCCAAUAGCACGAUAA